GACGCUUUGUCGGCUGCAGAGCGUACUACUGAACGUAUGGAUUACUAAACAAGGCUAUGAUCGUAACUCCAGUACUCCACAGAACACAGUGGUCUUCAUGCGGCUGCCUUUUUUGAGCCUAGCAAUGUCUCCGUGUUUGCACCGAUCAUGCCGAAACAUUAUUGGCCGAGGAGCUCCCGAACUACGUGUUCUUAUCGUCGCCCGCCAAUAAAUAUCAACACAGAAGUACAACAACCCAGCAACCCAUUGCUUCCAAGCGGAUCUCCCUGACCCUCCUCUUCCCUACCAACCCAUCCUUUCCUUUCACCCGACCAACUACCUUCUUUACUCCGCAGAUCAAACGAUGUCAACCACUACAAGCAACCCAGCCAGCCAGGUUCCUGCUGCAGCCGAGUUAAUUGGCCCGUAUAAUUAUGUUCCAACUGAAUGGAUUUGUAUCACGUUCGUCACGCUCUUUGCUAUCAACACUGUCCUUCAUCUUUUCCAAAGCUGGAAGUUCCGUAUGUGGUGGUUAAUCCCUACCGUUGUCGUGGCUGGCAUUCUGGAAAUUAUUGGAUGGUCAACUCGACUCUGGUCAAGUAUCAGUCCGACUCUGCUUACCCCUUUCGAAAUCCAAUUGGUCGGAACCAUUCUCGCGCCUACACCAUUCCUCGCGGCAAAUUUCGUUAUUCUAGGAAAAAUUAUCAUUCAGUUAGGACCUCAGUACAGCCGGUUAUCUCCAAAGUUCUAUACUCUUGUUUUUUGUGCGUUCGAUGUAGUGUGUCUGAUCAUCCAAGCUGUCGGUGGUGCAUAUGCAACAAACGAAUUUAACCAGCAUCAGAACCCUGAUAAGGGGGGCAACAUCACACUGGUCGGUGUGACUAUUCAAUCGUGCAAGCGCCAUGGUUCUUUAUAUUCUUUGCGCUGGAGAAUUUCUCCUACGUUUCUUAAAUGAUAUGCCUAUUCGCAAGACUUCGACACCCGUCUCUGAAGAGAAACGUCGUGCCAAAAUUAUGGAAUGGCAUAUAAUCAAAUGGUUGAUCCUCGGUUUGGCUAUUCAGACGUUUUGCCUCAUCGUCCGCGCUGCCUAUCGCACUGUUGAAUUAUGGAGUGGCUGGUCAAGU